ACAGGAAUUUGCACACAAUGGCCUCUACAGUGUUGGUAUUCUACCUCACAUGUCUUCUCUUUGGGGAUAUAGCUCAGACAACUGGUCCUACUCAUCAAGGGGCGCGUUUUAUAUCGGCUAACGUUGGCGGCAACGUGACUUUAGAGUGUUUCUAUGGAGGUGAUGUUGCGACAAGGCUUUACUGGUAUAAACAGCCUCUGGGACAGAAACCAAGGGUCAUCUCAAAUUUCUAUAUGUAUAAAACAGAUAGCACCUUUUAUGACGAAUUCAAAAACAAUUCACGCUUCCAACUGGAUUCUGACCGCAAUAAAAAUCACUUGACCAUCACAGAUUUGCGCGCUUCGGACUCAGCAACUUAUUUCUGCUUAAAUUCCCAUUUAUACAUGAUAAACUUUUCGGAGAGCGUUACUGUCAGUGUGGAGGGUUCAGGUUUGAACUUCCAAACUUCAGUGCAACAGUCAGCGUAUGAUGCCAUCCAGCCAGGAGGAUCCGUGAAUCUGAGCUGUACGGUACAGACUGAGAUCUGCGAUGGAAAACACAGCGUUUACUGGUUCAGAAGCGAAGAAGAUUCUCACCCAGGACUCAUUUACAGCCAUGGAGGCAGAGGUGAUCUGUGUGAGAGGAAACCCAACACAAAAACACAAACAUGUGUCUACACCCUGCCUGUGAGUAACUCAAAUCCAACUCAUGCUGGGAUCUACUACUGUGCUGUUGCCUCCUGUGGACGCAUUCUGUUUGGAGUCGGGACCAAGAUGAUCAUUGAUGGCUCUGCAGAUGACGUGAACUUUGCUGCUUAUUUGUGGAGAGGAGCCUUUGCACUCGUCUCCUUUCUGAGUGUUUUAAUGGCUUUCUCAGUCUGUCUGAUGAACAGGAAUCACAGCUGCAAAUCUCCAGAGUCUCAAGUCAAAUUAUCACCCACAGCAGAUGCAAAGGGUCACCAGCAAGGGGAAAGCAUCUAUUACGCUGCUGUAAGUGGCAACCUGACCAACAGAUCCAGAAGCCAGAGGGAUCACACCUGGAGCGACUGCGUGUACUACAACUUAAAGCAGUAGAACUGUAUCGCUGUUUAAUGUGUUCAUGAAUAAGACCUGAUUUUCUUAUAGUGCUGAAUUCAGAAUUAAUUUGAAAAAAAUCUGUUAUAUAUAGCUUCUUUGUGGUCUGCAGCUGAAAUAUAUAUAUUUCCCCUUUCAUAAUAUGAUGUAGGACAUUAUAAUGUAGACUCAAAUACUCAUAAUGCAUGUUUAGGAUGUCAAGUCUGCAAUGCUGCCAUAAUGUUAUUUUUGUCAGGUGAAUUUUGUUACCUAAUCAGUGCAUUUUGAAGAUUAAAUGAGGAUCCUCAUUGAAGUUGAAGAUUGUCUCUGACUUCUUGUGUUUUAACCUCAUUGUCUCUCAACAGAACUAUGUACGUAUUUUUGAAUGUGAGCGUUAUGUCGCUGAAGAUCAAUAAACAUGAUGAAAAUUUGGUGUGUUAAGCCUCA